AUGAGUGAGAGUUACAGAAUGAAGACUGGAUAUAAUCAUUCAGAACUAUCAGUGGAAACAUCUAGUGACAUGUCAGAUUCUUUCAAUAUGUUUUCGAGCAAUUUAAGUCCUAUACCACCAACGUUAUUAAUGCCUAGGAAAUUGGAUUUUAACAGUUUGGACGAUGAUGAUUGUGGCAGGAAAGCUUCAACAGCACCAAUGUCUUUCAGCCCACCUUAUAAGCGAGUUGGUGCCUUGACACUAUUCGACAGUCCGCGCACUCCGAAGACCUUACUCGAGAAAUGUUCAACACCAUCUAUUAAUCGAUCUAGGAUUCGUUUGUUCCCACCGAAACUUGAGAUUCCGGCGGGCAUGCCGUCUGGCUCCAGCCAUCACCUUCAUCCACCAUCUAAUCAGCCAGCUAUGGAUGAAGACAGUGCCUUUAUAAGCAUAGCCCCUGAGGAUAUUGAGGAACCAAAGCCUCGGAAACAACCUUUGGUCAACAUUAAUCCUUUUACACCCGAUGGUCAAGCGAUGAACAAGAAGAAACGAGCCUUGUCUAAAACUCCUAAUGCUGAUUCAACACCUGAGAAUCCAGCGAAAAGGCUAAGGGAAUCGAACAUAUCCCGCUACAACGUGGAGUUCCAAGAGCUAGGAGUGAUCGGAUGCGGCUCUUUCGGUCGCGUGACCAAAUGCCUGAACAAGUUGGACGGGUGCGUGUACGCACUGAAACGCUCGCUGCGUCCGGUCGCGGGCUCGUACGCCGAGAGGGCGGCCAUCACAGAGGUGUAUGCGCACGCUGCGCUUGGGAAGCAUCCGCACGUUGUCAGAUAUUACUCGGCCUGGGCAGAGGAUGAUCAUAUGAUCAUUCAGAACGAAUACUGCGAUGGUGGUUCCCUACAACAGAAAAUGGAACAUGGGCCGCUACCCGAAAGUGAAUUGUUGCUGCUAUUGGCCCAUAUCAGUGAUGGAUUGUCAUACAUUCACUCAAUGCACCUUGUACACAUGGACAUAAAGCCUGGAAAUAUAUUCAUUUGUCGAGAGGAAGUGACGUCACACACUGAUUCAGAUGACGGAUAUGACGAUGAUGAUGCGCCGAAUAGACCAGGCAGACAUAAAUAUAAGAUUGGUGACUUAGGACAUGUGACGUGUAUAUCAUCACCGUCGGUGGAAGAGGGCGAUUGCAGAUACUUGCCCAAGGAAAUACUACAAGAGAACUUUAAUCACCUCCCCAAGGCCGAUAUAUUUGCUUUUGGUCUAACCCUGUUCGAAGCGGCAGGUGGUAGUGCCUUACCCAAAAAUGGACAAGAAUGGCACGAUAUCAGAGAUGGUAAAUUACCAGAUUUACCUAAAGUGUCUCGGGAAUUCAAUGAAUUAUUGAAGAAAAUGGUGGAUCCGAACCCCUUAAAUCGUCCCACAGCGGCCCGUUUGCGUCGUCACUCUCUUCUCCACUCGUCCAGCAACAAGAGUAAAGAGCAGUUGCGUAGGGAGUUGGCUGAGGCGAAACUCAAGAACGAGCUGCUCAAUAGCCAGCUCGAGCAGGCUGCGAGAUGCAUAAAAUCUCUAACACCGAACUUGCAAAGUCAAGAAUCGGCUAAAUUCCGCACGCGAGCCUCGAAACGCUUACACACACGUGCCGAGAAUAUUGAUGACGUCAUCCGGUCUGUGACGUCACCGUUUCUCAACCGGAUAUUACCACCUAAGAAUACCCGGGAAACAAGAUGUAUAAAAUCGUUAACACCCAGCCAAGACACGAACUUCCGCACUCGUGCCUCCAAACGAUUGCAACCCCGAGGGGCUGACAUCGAAGAUAUUCGGACAGUGACGUCACCAAGACGGUUAUGCGGUACCGUAGCGGCCAGAAAACAGGGUAAAAAGAUAUAA